AUGGAGGUGCCUUGCUACCUGCCCAAGCUUCUGUUUGAACUCAAUGAGCAGCGGAAGCGAGGCUACUUUUGUGACUGCAGCAUCCUGGUCGAGGGCCGUGUCUUCAAGGCCCACCGCAAUGUCCUGUUUGCUGGAAGCGGCUACUUUAGAGCUCUUUUGGUUCACUAUUUGCAGGAUAGUGGCCAGCGCCAAAGCACAGCAUCCUUAGACAUAGUUACAGCUGAUGCCUUCUCCAUCAUCCUGGACUUUCUCUAUUCCGGCCGGUUAGCUUUGAGCAGCAACUCUGUCAUUGAAGUGAUGUCAGCGGCCAGCUAUUUGCAAAUGACUGACCUGGUGAACCUUUGCAAAAGGUACAUCAGUUCCUCUUUGGACAUAUGCAAUAAGGACAAGGAGGGCGUAAUAGGGGGGGGAAAUCCGGGACAGGGAGGACAAUACAGACCCGCGGACAGCGGCACUGCUGCAGCAUCCAAGUCGAGUAGUUUUGGGGCUGCAGAGCCUCGCUCACAGGUUGCAGAAGCAGAUGGAGUAGCUGUAAAGCCGCCAAAGAGCCCUUUGCCCAUGCCGGGCAGCACCCCUCCAGGCCCAAGCCAAAACAUGGACAUCGACUUCCAUUCCGGCGGCGAAAAACCAAAACCCCACACGGAUCAGACAAACCUUACCUCGACGCGCUGCUCUUUGACUCAUGAGUUAGUGAACCCCAAGAUAGAGUAUGACCCGGAUGAGGAGCUCUCGGAGUCUCCUGACAAUAAAGACCUAGCGUCAUAUCCUGGACCUUCUGUUCCUCACCCGAGCAGAUCGCUUCCCCCGAGUUUUUCCACGGAGCGCUUCUCUGUGGGUUGCAGCUCUUCUUUCAGUGCCAAGCAGCUGAUGGAGAUGCUGGCCAGAGGUGAAGGCCCCAACUCACUGCUGGACCGAGGAGGCCAGCGCAUGACUCAGAGACCACCGGGUAGCAUUUUAGGCUUGAGCCGAAUGGAGGACAGUUUGGGUUUCGUGGGAUCGUCCGUGAUGGAAAUCCAGUCGGAUUGGAUCGGAGAGGACACGGGCGACAGCUUACUGGUUCCCGUCAAGCUCCACAAGUGCCCCUUCUGUCCGUACACGGCCAAGCAGAAGGGAAUCAUGAAGCGCCACCUUCGCUGUCACACAGGCGAGAGGCCUUUCCCUUGUCCCAUGUGCGGAAAGAGGUUCACCAGGCAGGAACAUCUUCGUACCCAUGCCCUCAGCGUCCAUCGGCACGACUUACCCAUGUCAUGCAAGAGCUGCAGGCGGAUCUUCUACGGGUCCAGCGUGUCGCCGGGGUUCCGACGCUACGGCAUCUGCGACAGCUGCAACUGCGUGACCACCACUCACGCCGAGCCCGCCGAACGUGAAGACGGAAACGCCGACUGGGCCAGUUUCAUGGACGACGUGGACGAGGUGGAGGUUGGUCGAGUGGAAGACUUGGUGGGGAAGACGAUGCUGGAAAGGGAGCUGACCGCGUGCGAUGAUGAAGGUCAUACCCUGUGAAGUUUUAGGACUUGACCUUGGUCAUCAUUAAUUGAUGUUCUUUAACCUAUAUCUGUGGCUCUGGGACAAUCAGGCCUUUGCUUCUUGGAUCAAAAAAUGCGGUUCUUAUCGGUUAUUGGUGUUCCAUGCUUAAGUUCGAUGGACUUUGUUGAUUAAAUUGUGUAAGCGUUGUUUUCCUUCUAUAUCUGGUGUGUAAUUUUUAUAUCUUAAAAAUUCAAUCAAUAGAUAACCUUUGAUGCCUGGUGCAUGGCUUGAGCAAAUUUGAGAAGCAGAGUGCCGCUCUCUAGUGGUGACUUGACACACUUGCAAUGCUAAUUUGCCAUUUUGCUUUUGGAAGCCAAAUGGAACUGGUUUCCUUCCUUUUUACAGUACAAUUCUUUCCCCAAAAAGAAGUUACAAUUUGUUUACUUUGUUAGUACAAUCAUGAAAUGGCAGUAGAAGGAACUCAAAUAGCAAAGUACAAAUACAAAGAUUGUUCAGGUCACUUGACUUAUUUAUUUUCCUGACAAACUUUUACUUUACCACCUAUGUUUUAUUUUCAAUUAUCACUAGCUAAGUGGGCUUUUUUAUUAUUAUCUCACAUUGUUGUUAUUCUGUGGGAACAUUUGUUUAAUGGCUUCAUAAGAGCCAAUUUUUCUCUUGUCAAUAUGAGCACCAAAUAAAUAAAAGAGGCUAACGUUUGUGUGCUUUUUUU